AUUUGAAGUGCUCCGGGCCUAAUCCCAACAUCAAUCAACUGUCAUGUGCAAACAUAUUUUCUCAUUUUCUUUUUUUACCAUCUAUUUGAUAAAUUUAUUCUAAUCAGAAAUAUCUCUAUACCAAUAGUUACAUUUUCAUUUCACGAAAAAUGGCGUAUUUAAGCCAUAGACUACUCAAUACACCAAAGAAUAUUUUGUUUAGAUGUUAUAAUAAAAUUGUUAUUACGGAUGAUGGUUCUACUAUAGUUGCUCUUCAUAAGGAAUCAGAAUUUCCAUAUGAGCAUUCAAAAUCGCUACCAGAGGAAGUAAAAGAUGAAUCUAUAUUAAAAAUGAAUGAUUUUAAUGAAGCAAGAAGAGUCUUCAAAAAUAUGACUCCAGAAAUGUCAAGGAAGCACUUAUCCACUCUCACACUGACUACAGAACAUAGAUGGUUUCCCAGAGCACGCGACAAGAAAGCAAGAAAUACAGAAAUGAACAGACCUUACUUGUAAAUAUAAAUUAUGUAAAUCAAAAUAGUUGAGUAAUAAAGAGUUAUAUAUAUUUAAGAAA